UGCGCUGCGGGCCUGUAGCUGUGUGGACUCGACCGCUUUGUUCGCCGUUGACUGAAGCCGUUUAUUAUCUGCAUUAAUUUCGGUGUCUUUUAUGAAUAAUCAAAAGCAGCAAAAGCCAACGCUAACCGGCCAGCGUUUUAAGACUCGGAAAAGAGAUGAAAAGGAGAGAUUUGAUCCCUCUCAGUUUCAAGAAAGUAUCGUGCAAGGCUUGAACCAAACUGGCACUGACUUGGACGCGGUUGCGAAGUUCCUUGAUGCCUCUGGUGCCAAGCUCGACUAUCGCCGGUAUGCAGAGACACUCUUCGACAUCCUGGUGGCCGGUGGAAUGCUGGCCCCAGGUGGGACCCUAUCUGAUGACAUGACCCGUACUGAGUACUGUCUCUUCACGGCAAAUGAGGACCUGGAGACAAUGCAAGCUUAUGCUCAGGUUUUUAACAAGCUGAUCAGGCGGUACAAGUACCUGGAGAAAGGGUUUGAGGAGGAGAUCAAGAAGCUGCUGCUGUUUUUAAAAGGGUUCACAGAGUCGGAGCGUAACAAGCUGGCCAUGCUGACUGGCAUCCUGUUGGCCAAUGGGAACAUUUCAGCCUCCAUCCUGAACAGCCUUUUCAACGAGAACCUGGUCAAAGAAGGUGUUUCUGCUGCCUUCGCUGUCAAACUGUUUAAAUCCUGGAUCAACGAGAAGGACAUCAACUCGGUCGCUGCCAGUCUGCGGAAAGUUGGCAUGGACAACAGGCUGAUGGAGCUGUUUCCGGCAAACAAGCGGAGCUGCGAGCACUUCUCCAAAUACUUCACGGACGCUGGGCUGAAGGAGCUGUCCGACUUCGCCCGUAACCAGCAGUCCAUUGGCGCCCGCAAGGAGCUCCAGAAAGAGCUGCAGGAGCAGAUGUCCCGCGGAGAGACCCUAAAAGAUAUAAUCGCGUACGUCCGUGAGGAGAUGAAGAAGACCAACAUCUCAGAGCAGACGAUGAUCGGCAUCGUGUGGACCAGCGUCAUGAGCUCCGUCGAGUGGAACAAGAAAGAGGAGCUCGUCACCGAACAAGCCAUCAAACACUUGAAGCAAUACAGCCCCCUGCUGAAAGCAUUCACGUCCCAGGGCCUGUCUGAGCUCACCCUGCUUCUGAAGAUCCAGGAGUACUGCUACGACAACAUCCACUUCAUGAAGGCCUUCCAGAAGAUCGUGGUGCUGCUCUAUAAAGCUGAUGUUCUGAGUGAGGAGGCCAUUCUGAAGUGGUACACCGAGGGCCACUUGGCCAAAGGCAAGAGCGUCUUCCUGGAGCAGAUGAAAAAGUUUGUGGAGUGGCUGAAGAACGCGGAAGAAGAGUCUGAAUCUGAGGAAGAGGAAGGAGAUUAAGAAGCUUAAGUUUGGGACCUGCAGCCGCCUGCCAUCAGCUACCACAGGAGCCGCAGAAUGUUUUGUUACAGAAGUGCUCGUCUUUGUUUUACUUUCUUUUUUUUCUUCCUUUUAUUUUCUUUUUUUUUUUGAUUCUACCUCCUGUUUUUUCAACCAUAACAUUUAGAUGUCAUUUAAGGGCUUUGUAACAAAAAAUGGUUAAUUUUAACAGAUUUUUCUAUCUAAUCUUAAGGUUUACACUUAAAAAGGAAAAAAAAAAACACAAAAAAACAGCACAAGUUGUGAAUCGUCAACCCUUUUGUAAUCAUUCUCACGGAGCCGUCGAGUGUUGACACGUUUGGACAUCUUUAAAUUAUUAUUAUUACUAUAAUUAAAUCACGAUUCCUUUUCAAAAGAGAACAUUCCAUGAAAUUCAGCCAGAUUCUCGCUGUUCGUUCGCUCAAAGACCCUUUUAUAGUGCGUAAUCGAUGCCUUUAGCCCCGAAGGGGGGAAAGUUAUUCAAAUAACGGAAUUAAAGCCUCGUUUCCGGAGUAGCUGAAGGUUUUUACGCUCAGAAGUCACUUCUCUCUGCUUCUGAGUCACAUUCCAGUUUAAAAGGGUGUGUUCACCGCACUUGCGGCGCUAGCCGUCUCCUUUGUGUCGCUGUAUUUAAGAAAAGCCCUUAGAGUGACCUGUGGGCGUGCGGCCUCAGCUACGCCCGAGAGAAACGGAGCGAAAAUCAUGCGAAUUGGAUUCCAUUGUGCUGAACGAACGUCUCAUCGUCAAGUUGUUGCCAAAGGUUGGAGCCCUUUGAGGACCAUCAGCACUACUAGCUCUUCUAGCUGCUCCCAUCGUCGUCUUCAGCUGUAACUCCGCUAGUCGCCCUCUUCAAAUGACCCUUAAAUGACCGCUGGCCUUUUCCCUCUGAUGUAUCACCACCUUUAUUGAUUCAUCACUGAUUUCUUUAAUCUGAUGAUUACCUAAUUGACUUUUUUUAAGAAAUAAAAAUUAGUAGUAGCCAA